AUGGAUAUCUCUAAGCCAGUGGGUUCUGAGAUCACAUCUGUUGAUUUUGGGAUUUUGUCAGCUGAUGAAAUUAGAAGGUUGUCAGCUAAACAAAUCACUAAUCCAACAGUUUUUGAUAAUUUGGGACAUCCAAUCAAUAAUGGGUUAUAUGAUUUAGCAUUAGGAGGGUUCCUUAGAAACUUAUGUGCUACUUGUGGUCUUGAUGAAAAAUUUUGUCCUGGUCAUCAAGGUCAUAUCGAAUUACCCGUUCCAGUUUACAAUCCAUUAUUUUUCAAUCAAUUAUACAUUUUCUUAAGAUCAUCAUGUCUUUAUUGUCAUAAAUUUAAAUGCAGUGAUAUCGAUGUUCAUCUUUAUACUUGUAAGUUACGUUUGAUUCAAUACGGAUUGUUAUCAGAAUGUAUCGAACUUGAUAAUAUUCUUAUUAAAGGUGCUUCUGCUCUUGAUAAAAAACAUGAUGACGAAGAAGGUGCCGAUAAUGAAGGGGUUGAUCCUGCAUUAAGACGUGAUUUACGUGAACGUCGUGAACUCUUUGUUGAUACCGCCAUUGCUACUGCUAUUAGUGAAGGUAGAACUACCGAACAUGGUAUUGUUACUGCCACCGUUGGUGAAGAAAGAAAAGCAGUUGUUCACUCUUUCUAUAAAAAAUUAUUAUCUAGACCAAGAUGUGCUAAUUGUGGUAUGGUUUCUCCUUCUUUCAGAAAAGAUGGGUUUUCGAAAAUUUUUGAAAAUUCUUUACCAGAAAGACAUAUUACCAAUAAUAGAGUGAAAGGUCUUCAACGUCCUGAUAUGUUAAAAUCUGGUAAUUCUACUUCUAGUAGUGAAAAUAUCCCAAAUAUUAAACAUAAAAGUGGUUCUAAAUAUGUUUUAUCAACUGAAAUUAGAAAUAUUUUGAGAGCCGUUUUCGAAAAAGAACAAGAUAUAAUGCAAAAAAUCUUCCACUCUAGACCUCAAAAUAAAGAAGUAGUUUCUGCUGAUAUCUUUUUCAUACAAGCUUUAGUUGUUCCUCCAACAAGAUUCAGAUUACCUUCUAAAUUAGGUGAUGAAAUUCAUGAAAAUGCUCAAAAUGAAUUACUAUCAAGAGUUUUAAAAACCUGUUUAUUAAUUAGAGAUUUAAAUGAUCAAAUUUCAGCUUUUUUCACAAAGGGUAAACUGAAUGUCGAAGAUAGAAAAAUUGUUUUCAAUAGAUUAAUGAAUUCUUUUGUCACCAUUCAAAAUGCAGUAAAUGCAUUCAUUGAUUCAACUAAAGAUCAAAAUGCUCCAGCCGGAAAAUUACCAAUUCCUGGGGUUAAACAAGCUCUAGAAAAGAAAGAAGGUUUAUUCAGAAAACAUAUGAUGGGUAAAAGAGUUAAUUAUGCUGCUCGUUCAGUUAUUUCUCCUGAUCCAAUGUUGGAAACUAAUGAAAUUGGUGUUCCUCCUGUUUUCGCUAAAAAAUUAACUUAUCCUGAACCUGUCACCUCUUACAAUGCAUCUGAAUUAAGACAAGCAGUUAUUAAUGGUCCAGACCAAUGGCCUGGUGCUAUCCAAGUUCAAAAUGAAGAUGGCUCUUUACAAUCUUUAAUUGGUAUGACUUUGGAACAACGUAAAACAAUCGCUAAUCAAUUAUUAACACCAUCCAAUGAUUCUUCCGUUGUUAACAAAAAAGUUUACAGACAUAUCAAAAAUAAGGAUGUUGUCAUUAUGAAUCGUCAACCAACUUUGCAUAAAGCUUCUAUGAUGGGUCAUAAAGUAAGAGUUUUACCCGGUGAAAAAACCUUAAGAUUACAUUAUGCUAAUACUGGUGCUUAUAAUGCUGAUUUUGAUGGUGAUGAAAUGAACAUGCAUUUCCCUCAAAAUGAAAAUGCUAAAGCUGAAGCCUUAAACUUAGCUAAUACUGAUUCUCAAUAUUUAACUCCAACUUCUGGUUCACCAUUGAGAGGUUUGAUUCAAGAUCAUAUUUCUGCAGGUGUGUGGCUUACUAAUAAAGAUAGCUUCUUCAAUAGAGAAACUUACCAACAGUUAAUAUAUGGUUGUAUUCGUCCUGAAGAUGGUCAUACCAAUGGUAACUCAAGAAUUUUAACAGUUCCUCCUGCUAUCUUCAAACCAGAAGCUUUAUGGACCGGUAAACAAGUUAUCACUACCAUAUUAUUAAAUAUUAAACCUAAAAACGUCCCAGGUAUUAAUUUGAAUUCCAAAAAUAAGAUUAAAAAUGAUUAUUGGGGUGAAGGAUCAAAUGAAAAUCAAGUCGUUUUCAAAAACGGUGAAUUAUUAUGUGGUAUCCUUGAUAAGUCUCAAUAUGGUGCUUCUCAAUUCGGUAUUGUUCAUUCCUUACAUGAAGUUUAUGGCUCAGAUGUCGCUGGUAAAGCUUUAUCAGUAUUGGGUAGAUUAUUCACUAAUUAUAUUACAAUGACUGCAUUCACUUGUGGUAUGGAUGAUUUAAGAUUAACUAAAGAAGGUAAUGAAUGGAGAAAUGAAAUCUUAAAAGAAUCUGUUGAUAUAGGUAGAGUUGCAGCUACUGAAGUGACUAAUUUAGAAAAAGAUACUAAGAACGACAAUAAAGAAUUAUUGAAACGUUUAGAAGAAAUUUUACGUGAUGACGAUAAAUUAGGUAUUUUAGAUGCUGUUACCCAAUCUAAAGUUAAUGUUAUUUCUGGUCAAGUUGUUAAUAAAUGUGUUCCUGAAGGUACUAUGAAAAGAUUCCCUUACAAUAACAUGCAAUCUAUGGCUUUAUCUGGUGCCAAAGGUUCCAAUGUUAAUGUUUCACAAAUUAUGUGUCUUUUAGGUCAACAAGCUUUAGAAGGUAGAAGAGUACCAGUUAUGGUAUCUGGUAAAACUUUACCUUCUUUCAAACCUUUUGAAACUGAUGCAAGAGCUGGUGGAUAUAUCAAAAGUCGUUUCUACUCUGGUAUUAAACCUCAAGAAUAUUAUUUCCAUUGUAUGGCUGGUCGUGAAGGUUUAAUUGAUACUGCUGUUAAAACUUCUAGAUCUGGUUAUUUACAACGUUGUUUAACCAAACAAUUAGAAGGUGUUCAUGUUACUUAUGAUAAUUCAGUUAGAGAUGGUGAUGGUACAUUAAUUCAAUUCUUAUAUGGUGGUGAUUCAAUUGAUACUACUAAACAAUCACACAUGAAUGAAUUCAAAUUCUGUGCUGAUAAUUAUGAUUCAUUAUUGAGUAAAUAUAACCCAGGUGAGUUAAUUCAACAUUUGGAUACUGAUACUGCAUUACAAUAUAAUAAGAAAGUUAAGAAGAACUUAAGAAAACAAAAAGACGUACCACAUUAUGAAGAAAAUAUCAAAUACGAUCCAGUAUUAUCAGUUUAUAACCCUGCUAAGUAUUUAGGGUCUGUUUCAGAGAAAUUUCAAGAAAAAUUGGACGACUUUUGUGAUAAGAACAGCGAUAUGUUUAAAAAGAAUAAGAAUCUUAGUGAAAAGAAAUUCAGGGCAUUAAUGCAAUUGAAAUAUAUGAGAUCAUUAAUUAAUCCUGGUGAAUCAGUUGGUAUUAUUGCUUCUCAAUCUGUUGGUGAACCAUCAACACAAAUGACAUUAAAUACUUUCCAUUUUGCUGGUCACGGUGCAGCUAAUGUUACCUUAGGUAUUCCACGUAUGAGAGAAAUCAUCAUGACUGCAUCAGCUGCCAUCAAGACUCCACAAAUGACUUUACCACUUUUGGAAGAUGUUAGUGAUCCAAUGGCUGAAUCGUUCUGUAAAUCAGUUACCAAAAUUCUUUUAUCUGAAUUUAUUGAUAAAGUUACCGUUACUGAAACUACUGGUAUCCAAGAAAAUCAAGAAAAUUAUAGAAAUUAUAAUAUCAAAAUGAAAUUCUAUACUAAGAAAGAAUAUGAGGAAGAAUAUGAUAUUAAUCAAGAAUACUUGGAAAAAGUUAUGUGUCAAUCAUUUUUAACUCAAUUGGAAGCUAGUAUUCAAAAAGAAUUGAAAAAGAGUGUUAAUACUGAAUCUGUUGGUAAAGCAUUACCAAGAUCCAGAACUGAUGCAGCAUUACCAACCGAAAAAUCAUUAGAUGAUGGUGAAGAUGGAGAUGCAUCUGAUGAUAAAUUGAAAGCCAAUACCAAACAAGCUGUUUCAUAUGAUGGUCCAGAUGAUGAAGAAAUCGAAGGUAUGAGAAAAGCCGAAGAAACCAGUGAUGAAGAUAUGGGAGACUCUGAUGAAUCAUCAUCAGAUUCGGAAUCAGAUUCUGAUGAAGAAGAGAAAAAAUUACCAGAAAAAAUUGAAUUAAGUAGAUCAGCAAAAGAUAGACAAGCUGAAGUUAUAACAUCCCAUAAUUUAGUUCGUAAAUUUAAUUUUGAUGAUAAAGAUGGAGAAUGGUGUGAAUUUGAAUUAGAAUUAAUUGGUAGAACUCAAAAAUUAUUGAUGGUUAAUAUCAUUGAAGAUAUUUGUCGUAAAGUUGUUGUUAGAGAAGUUCCAAAUAUUGGUAGAUGUCUUUAUCCAAAAGUUGAACCAGGUAGUAAGAGAUCAUUAACUACUGAAGGGGUCAACUUCAAAUCAAUGUGGGAACAAGAUGAUUUCAUUGAUGUUAAUGGUAUAACGUCAAAUGACAUUGUAUCAGUAUUGAAGACUUAUGGUGUUGAAGCUGCAAGAAAUACUAUUGUUUAUGAAAUCAAUAACGUUUUCGAGAAAUAUUCCAUUAGUGUUUCUUCACGUCAUUUAGAUUUAAUUGGUGAUAUGAUGACAAGAGAAGGUACUUAUUUAGCAUUUAAUAGACAAGGUAUUGAUUCUUCAACGUCAUCAUUCAUGAAGAUGUCAUACGAAACUACAUGUCAAUUCUUAACCAAAGCUGUUUUGGAAGGAGAACGAGAAGAUUUAGAAUCACCAUCCGCUAAAAUUGUUUUAGGUAAAUUAUCAAACGUUGGUACUGGUUCAUUUGAUGUAUUUACUAAAAUGCCAAACUUAAACUAG